GCGGUACGUUUUAUGGGAAGAAAGGAAUUUUACUUGGGGAACAUGGUCUGCAGCCAGAACGUCAAGUGCGGACGGGGGCAAGACGCCGCCAUCGCCCGUGCUGGGCAAAAGGAAAGGAGGGGACAGGGCCGGAGGUCGUCUCUCCUGCCAGCUGUUGGGCGCAGACAACAUGUGAUGCAGGAGGAGAGCUGGGAUGAUAUGGAAUGUGGCCAGUUGCCUUCAGAUGCCCUCCGUCAGGUGAAGAUCCAGCGAGACCCCAUCUACGGCUUUGGCUUUGUGGCUGGCAGCGAGAGGCCCGUGGUUGUUCGUUCGGUGACACCAGGCGGACCCUCUGAGGAUAAGCUCUUGGCAGGUGACCAGAUUUUGGCCAUAAAUGAUGAAGAUGUGAGUGAAGCCCCAAGAGAGAGAUUCAUAGAGCUUGUGAGAGGUGCUAAAGAAUCUAUUCUUCUCACUGUGCUACAGACCCAUCAGUCUCCAAAAUCAGCAUUCAUCAGUGCAGCCAAGAAGGCAAAGCUGAGGUCCAAUCCAGUGAAGGUCCGCUUUUCAGAGCAGGUCACCAUUGGUGAGACUGAUCCAGAGAUGCUGAAGAAGGAAGCACUUCUCCUUAUUCCUAAUGUGCUGAAGGUUUUCCUUGAGAAUGGGCAAAUCAAGUCUUUCACGUUUGAUGGUCGAACCACUGUCAAGGAUGUGAUGAUGACCCUGCAGGACCGGCUGUCCCUGAGGCACAUUGAGCAUUUCGCCCUUGUCCUGGAGUACGCCAGCCCAGAGCAGAGCCACAAGUUCCUUCUCCUCCAGGACAAGCAGCCCCUUGCCCACGUGGUGCAGAGGACCCACUAUCAGGGGAUGAGAUGCCUGUUCCGUGUGAGCUUCUUUCCCAAAGAUCCAGUGGAGCUGCUGCGUCGAGAUCCAGCAGCAUUUGAGUACUUGUACAUCCAGAGCCGCAAUGACGUGAUCCGGGAGCGCUUCGGGAUGGAGCCCAAGCCAGAGAUGCUGCUGGGCCUGACCGCCCUUCACAUAUACAUCACUGUCUCCGCCACACGGCCGAGCCAGAAAGUGUCCCUCAAAAACGUUGAAAAAGAAUGGGGCCUGGAGCCAUUUCUGCCCCCCUCAUUGCUGCAGGGCAUCAAGGACAAGAGCCUUCGGAAAGCUCUCUCCCAGCAGCUGAAGGCCCACCAGAGCCAGCCGCCGUGUGGCACCAAGGUCUCCACGACCCAAGCCAAGCUCCAGUACUUGCGUAUCCUAAAUGAGCUGCCGACCUUCGCAGGCGUCCUCUUCAACACGGUGGGACUGGAUGAGAAGCAGCCGGCCACCACCCUUCUGGUGGGACCCCGCCACGGCAUCAGCCACGUGAUUGACUUGAAGACCAACCUCACCACGGUGCUGUCCGAAUUCAGCAAGGUCAGCAAGAUCCAGCUGUUUCGGGAAAACCAGGGUGUGGCACGGGUGGAAACGAGCAUCCUGGAUGCCAAGCCUCUGGUGCUGCUGAUGGAGUGGCCGGAGGCCACCAACUUUGCCUGCCUCAUUGCUGGCUACUGCCGCCUCCUGGUAGACUCCAAGAGGAUGAUCUUCUCCCGUCCCGCCAGCCAGCCGCCGCCUCCUCAAAUGAUCAAGGCAGAUUAUGCGCCCACCGCCCAUCGGUCUGCUGCAGCGGGGCACGUGGGAAAGAAAGAGAGCGGGUUCCUGGGUGGCGCUGUCCACAGCCCCGGGGCAUGCCCCCCUCGAGCUCCCGUGGCCUCGGACUCGGAGCUCGUCAGCUUUUGCUACCUGCACAUGCGAGAGCAGAGAAAGGAGCGCAAGAGCAGGACGGACAUCAAUGAAAACUUGAUCUUCUUUGAGGAGUCUCGGCCCCGGACCAAAUCCGAUCCCACACCCAAAAGCUCUGGACAGGACUGCAAUGGGGCCGCUCACAACUAUGACCCGGAUGGCCUGGACCAGGAGCACUGGGCCAACCGGGCCAGAGCCUACACCAUGGACAGCCACGGGCAGAGUAACUCUGUGCACUUUUACUGUGACUCUUGCAAAGCCAAAGUCAAGGGUAGGUUGGCCUCUCGCAAGGGCGGCAAUUCUGGCAGCUCCCGUGACAACGUGGUGGACUUGACGUCCCUUCCCCCUCCAGGGAGUGAUGAGGAAGAGGACGAGACCACCGCUCUGCUCCCUGCCAUUGCCGCUCCGCCUCCUGGCUUCCGGGACAACAGCUCCGACGAAGACGACUCCAAGCGCCGGGCAGCGGCACAGGGCCAGGAGCAGGGCCGCCAUAUCUGCGGAAUCCUCUACGACGAGAUCCCGGUGACGCUUAUAGAUAGUGUGCAAACAAGGACGGUCAGGGACCAUGCCCAGGAUCUGGAUGAUGCCCUGGUCUCCACCCUGCAGGCACUGGAGGCUUUGGCUGCCUCGGAGGAUGGCCCGCACCCCCAGCCGCAGCAGACAGCAGGCCUGAUUGUCCUGGCUGCCAUCACCCCUGAGUCAUCGCUGGACUCCGGCCACGAAACCAACUCUUCGGAGAUCACCGAUGUCUCAGAGAUGGUUUCGGCCAUGAAGCAGCACCAGAACACUGCCUACUUCCUGGCUCAGCAUAUCAACAAGGAGAACCUUCUGACUAGGAAGGACCUGCCUUUCCGCAUUCAAGGCUGUGCUGCACAAGCUGUCCUUGCUUCGCCUUACCCCCUCCGCCACCAGGAACCGAGCUCUUCCCCAAAGCCGGCAAUCUCGAACCAAAACUCCAAGCCUCCUUGCAGUAGGAACAAGCAGGAUCCUCCCCAGCUGGGGAGAAGCUAUGCCUUGGCUGUUCAGCCUGCGCUCUCCCAGCAGCUCAGUGAGCCAAAGAGCAAAGGUGCACCAACCCCAGGCUUGGAGUGUGAGGGCCCCAGUCCCCCCAAAGCGGCCUUAGAGGUGUCCUUGCACGCCACUGCCCUGAGCAAUGAGCAAGUGCAAGAGCUGCAGGAUAAAAUGCCCAAGGAGGUCCGGCUGAGCCCCAAGUUGAUCCUGGAUGCCAGAAGCGGAGUUCCUCCUGCCGUCAUUUCAGCUGCUCUGCAGCAAGUGGUCGGCCACAAAUCCUUGCCUUCCCAAGCAGCAGCCCCCUCACUAGAUUCUCCAAAUGAACACAAGACUCCCAGUGGGAGCCAGGGCUGCAGAUGGCAAGCCAUCAGCAAGCAUUUACAACACCAAGCGAGUCAGCUCGCUGGUAAUGCUUCUUCUUACAAGUGCCCCCAGAAGCAGAAAGAAGAGGCCUCUCCAAGGCCCAGAGGAUCCCAAGGCAGUACAGCAAACGUUCUCCAUCUCUCUCCAGCCCCUGGGGAGAGGCAGGCUUCCAAAAUCAGCCAAGAAACUGCAGACAAACCAGGGAGUGAUGAGCCAAAGACUGGGGGACAGUCUGCUAGCCCAGCCUCUCAGAAACAGACUGCUCCUGGAGGCCAAGGAGAGAGGGGACAGCAGGAACCGUGUGCCAAAAGCCUCAAAACAGAAGCAACAAGCCUGAGGUCCCCUGCUGCCACAAGUGGAAUUCUCAGGAGCUCCAGCGAGGAUCCUACAGGGCAGAACCAGCUGGGAACCAGGGCUGAGGGCCUGACAGUAAGCUCCAUGCCUUCCAAAAAGCCUGAAAAGGUCCUAGAGGUAACUUCACAGGACAUUGACGUUCCAGCCAAGCCCAGAGUGCCCAAGGCUCCCUUCCGGUUGAGGAAACUCUUUUCUGCUACUUUCCCCACCCGGCUCAAAAAAGAGACAGACGAGCGGCAGGCCCAGCUGCAGAAAGUGAAGCAGUAUGAGCUGGAAUUCUUGGAAGAGCUACUCAAGCCAAAGACUAAAGGUGAUCCCCCACCGCUGGAGUAUCUGCUCCCUUCAGCAUCUGGGCGCUGUGCUUGCCAGCUGAAGACCAGCCCUGUGCAGAAGGUCCCUGGGAUGUCCAGGGAACAGAGGAGGAGCUGUGACUGUAAGCGUAUUAGCAGAGGGGCAAGGCCUCAGCCCAACCAGUUAGCUGCGCCAGAACUGGAAAGACGAGGCAGGGAGAAAGCCCAAAAACCCGAGGUGGUGAAAGGCACCAGUGUCAAAAGCCCUUUGAAGGGCAGCCGGCUGCGGUCCACGAGCCUGGAGUCCAGAGACCGCCGAUCCGAUCCCGAGAACAGCUUGUCGUGCUUGACUACGUGUGCCUCUCGCGGAGAGUGCAUGGGAGCCCCACAAUACAAGAAGCUCAUGCGCCGCUACAGCGUUAGCGAAAUUGACAAGACCGAUGAAAUGUCUCUGACCUCCGACAUCUACCAGAGCAUUUAUCCAGCCCAGCCGAAGUGCUUACAGAAGGAAAGCCAAGCUGCUGUCCAGGCGCCAGCCUUGAAGAGCAAAGCCCAGGAGACUCCUGCAGUGGGGGCAGAGCCCUCCUAUGUCCAAGUUGCACAGGAAAAAAAGAGCCAGAAGGACCACACAAUCUUCUCUCUCCAGGAGGACUUGUACCCAAGCCACGCUGAGCUGCCCGAGGAAGACAUGCACGGAGAGAAGUGCUGCUCCAUCCGGUACUGUUUCUACUACAGGAAGUGUGACAUGGCAGAUGACGGGAGCGAGAAGGAUGAGUUGUCCUAUUCCAUCCCCAUGCAGAUCCUUCCUGGCAUGAAACUUGACAGUCAGGCCGUUCCAGUUGUAAGCAGGACCCUUCAGGUUCUGGACGCUAGCGCUUGCAGCAGUCCUGACGACAACCAGACCCAAGAGAUAGACCUGCGGACCUCCACAUUUGAGGGCAGCCUGGCUAAGAUCCAUGCCCUGCGAGGCCGCACUUAUGCCUUGCCCGACGGGUUCCUGGCUGUACAGCUGGACACGAGUGAGCUCCUGACCAUCCUGAGGCAGUGUGUCGUGAACCCCGAAGUCCGGGAGGGCAAGCCCUACCUCUCGCAGCUGAUUGAAUACAAGCAGGAGCUGGCCUUGAAGUUCAAGGAGUUCAGGGCCUCUUGCCGCAGAGUGGCCGCAGUCGACAAGAGCCCGACACGCAUGCUCUUGGCCAUCACGAGCAGCUUCCAGGUACUAGGCAGCUUGAUUGAGACCUUUGUGCGGCUGGUGUACGUGGUGCGCUCGGAGGCUCAGAGGCAGGCGCUGCUGGCCAAAGUCGAGGAGGUGGUGCGGAACUACACUUUCCUGCUCAGGGCAGCCGAGGAGUCGACGGCCCGAACCGUGGGUCACAGGGACCAGGCUGCCGAUCCGCUGACUCGGCAAUCAGUGGCCACGGUCAUGAGCACUUUCAGACGCUCCUUGAAGACCCUAAUGAAUAAGUAA